AUGAGCUCAUAUAGUUUUCCUUUCCUAGUGAACCAAUGUAGGACUGUGCAGUUACUUUGUAUCAUAGUUCAAAUCUUCAUUAUUUACGCCAAUGUCGAUUACAUGGGUAUGGUGGCAUUCAUUCUCAGUAUUGCAUUAUGUCUUUACAACCUCUAUGUGACUGGAAGAAGAAUGUACAACAAUAUUGACGGUCGUUUCGAUUUGCGCCAGAUGGUAAGAGAGAAUGAUAAUCAACUAAGACUUUUAUACGCAUCCGAAGUGUUCACGCCGUCUGUGCUUGGUAUCCUCACCUUCCUUAUUUACAAUGGUGAUGUUCACUUAUUAUUAUUAUUAUUAUUAUUAUUAUUAUUAUUAUUAUUAUUAUUAUUAUUAUUAUUAUUAUUAUUAUUAUUAUUAUUAUUAUUAUUAUUAUUAUUAUUAUUAUUAUUAUUAUUAUUAUUAUUAUUAUUAUUAUUAUUAUUAUUAUUAUUAUUAUUAUUAUUAUUAUUAUUAUUAUUAUUAUUAUUAUUAUUAUUAUUAUUAUUAUUAUUAUUAUUAUUAUUAUUAUUAUUAUUAUUAUUAUUAUUAUUAUUAUUAUUAUUAUUAUUAUUAUUAUUAUUAUUAUUAUUAUUAUUAUUAUUAUUAUUAUUAUUAUUAUUAUUAUUAUUAUUAUUAUUAUUAUUAUUAUUAUUAUUAUUAUUAUUAUUAUUAUUAUUAUUAUUAUUAUUAUUAUUAUUAUUAUUAUUAUUAUUAUUAUUAUUAUUAUUAUUAUUAUUAUUAUUAUUAUUAUUAUUAUUAUUAUUAUUAUUAUUAUUAUUAUUAUUAUUAUUAUUAUUAUUAUUAUUAUUAUUAUUAUUAUUAUUAUUAUUAUUAUUAUUAUUAUUAUUAUUAUUAUUAUUAUUAUUAUUAUUAUUAUUAUUAUUAUUAUUAUUAUUAUUAUUAUUAUUAUUAUUAUUAUUAUUAUUAUUAUUAUUAUUAUUAUUAUUAUUAUUAUUAUUAUUAUUAUUAUUAUUAUUAUUAUUAUUAUUAUUAUUAUUAUUAUUAUUAUUAUUAUUAUUAUUAUUAUUAUUAUUAUUAUUAUUAUUAUUAUUAUUAUUAUUAUUAUUAUUAUUAUUAUUAUUAUUAUUAUUAUUAUUAUUAUUAUUAUUAUUAUUAUUAUUAUUAUUAUUAUUAUUAUUAUUAUUAUUAUUAUUAUUAUUAUUAUUAUUAUUAUUAUUAUUAUUAUUAUUAUUAUUAUUAUUAUUAUUAUUAUUAUUAUUAUUAUUAUUAUUAUUAUUAUUAUUAUUAUUAUUAUUAUUAUUAUUAUUAUUAUUAUUAUUAUUAUUAUUAUUAUUAUUAUUAUUAUUAUUAUUAUUAUUAUUAUUAUUAUUAUUAUUAUUAUUAUUAUUAUUAUUAUUAUUAUUAUUAUUAUUAUUAUUAUUAUUAUUAUUAUUAUUAUUAUUAUUAUUAUUAUUAUUAUUAUUAUUAUUAUUAUUAUUAUUAUUAUUAUUAUUAUCAUUAUUAUUAUUAUUAUUAUUAUUAUUAUUAUUAUUAUUAUUAUUAUUAUUAUUAUUAUUAUUAUUAUUAUUAUUAUUAUUAUUAUUAUUAUUAUUAUUAUUAUUAUUAUUACUAUUACUAUUAUUACUAUUACUAUUACUAUUAUUAUUAUUAUUAUUUCAUGUUCAUAUUAUUAUUAUUGUUGUUGUUUCAUGUUAG